CACAGGGGCUAUUUUGCUUAUCUAAGCCAUGACUCGAGAUUUGCCAUCCGGCCUCCGACUUCCGAAAGUCCAAUUACCGCAUGGCCAUCUCGAUUUAUUAUCGAUAUCUCAGACUUGCCUAUCGACAUCACCGACCAUCACUGUAUUUUUCUGGCAUGCACACCGCAGGGGCAGGGGAAGGGGCGCCACCAGUGGAUGGUGUCCCAUCCAAACAUGCAGCUAAAAAAGAGGCAAAGAGGCUGGAGAAAGAAGCUAAAUUAGCUGCAAAACAACUUAAACAGGCUGCCCCUGCUUCAGACAAGAAAGCGAAGGUGGACAAGGAGAAAACAUUGAAAGUGGAAGAGACUGUUUUCGAGAACAUCACUCCAAAGGGAGAGAAGAAGGACAUGUCUCAGCCAAUGGCCGCAAGCUAUAAUCCGCACGCCGUGGAGGCCGCUUGGUACGAUUGGUGGGAGGCGCAGGGAUUCUUUAAACCUCAGACACAGUCUGACGGGACCGCCAAACCCGAAGGACAUUUUGUCAUCCCCGCCCCUCCUCCAAACGUGACCGGGAGCUUGCAUAUUGGUCACGCGCUCACCGUUGCCAUCCAAGACUGUCUGGUGCGCUGGAACCGUAUGUUGGGAAAGACGACCCUUUUUGUCCCCGGAUUCGAUCAUGCUGGUAUCUCCACCCAGUCCGUUGUUGAGCGGAGGCUAUACAAGUUAGAGGGAAAGACGCGACACGAUCUGGGCAGGGAAACUUUCCUGGCGAAAGUUUUGGACUGGAAGAACGACUAUCAAGCUCGUAUCACUAAUCAGCUACGCAGGCUCGGAGGAAGUUAUGAUUGGGAUCGUGUCGCAUUUACCAUGGAUCCAUCACUCUCGAAAGCUGUCAUCGAGACAUUUUGUCGGCUGCAUGAAGGGGGCAUCCUUUAUCGUGCUAAUCGCCUUGUCAACUGGUGUGUCAAGCUGAAUACCACACUGUCCAAUCUAGAGGUAGAUCAAAAACAGCUAGAGGGUAGAACCCUCUUGAACGUACCGGGGUAUGAUCUAAAGGAGAAAUUCGAAUUCGGUGUAAUUACCUCUUUUGUGUACCCCAUACAAGGCUCGGACGAGAAGAUCGUCGUUGCUACUACGCGACCGGAAACAAUGUUGGGAGAUUCCGCAAUUGCAGUACAUCCUGAUGACCCUCGGUAUAAGCAUCUCCACGGAAAAUUCGCUAAACAUCCUUUUGUCAACCGCCUUUUACCCAUUGUUACCGAUGCUAUUGUGGUAGACAUGGAAUUUGGCACUGGUGCCGUGAAGAUCACACCUGCCCACGAUCCAAACGACUACGAAGUUGGUGUGCGGCACGGAUUAGAAUUCAUCAAUAUCCUCAACGACGAUGGAACAUUAAAUGCCAAUGCGGGUGAGAAAUUCCAGGGUAUGAAAAGAUUCCAUGCGAGGAGAGAAGUCGUUAAAGCGCUCACGGAGGCCGGCCUUUUCAUUGAAAUAAAAGACAAUCCAAUGCAAAUCCCUAUCUGCAGCAAAUCUGGAGAUAUCAUCGAGCCCAUACUGAAACCGCAGUGGUGGGUAAAUUGUAAACCACUUGCAGAAGAGGCAAUCAAGCGUACUCGUAAUGGGGAACUCAUGAUAAGUCCUAAGCAGUCAGAGGCGGAUUGGUACCGGUGGCUGGAGAACAUCCAGGACUGGUGUAUCUCGCGUCAACUUUGGUGGGGCCAUAGAUGUCCUGCAUACUUUGUUCGUGUUGAAGGCGUUGAGGCUGAUGUCAAUGAUGGCAAAAAUUGGGUCGUCGGACGAACACUUGAAGAAGCUACUGCCCGAGCCAAAGCCUUGGCGAAUGGUGCCAAUUUCACGCUCGAGCAGGACGAGGACGUUCUUGAUACAUGGUUUUCGUCUGGUCUCUGGCCCUUCUCGAUCAUGGGAUGGCCAGAACGGACUCCCGAUCUCUCUCAUUACUAUCCUGCGAGCAUGCUUGAGACAGGAUGGGACAUCCUCUUCUUCUGGGUGGCUCGCAUGGUUCUACUCGGAAUCUACCUAACUGACAAAGUCCCGUUUUCGGAAGUGCUAUGUCACGCCAUGGUGCGCGACGCCCACGGUCGGAAGAUGAGCAAAUCCUUAGGCAAUGUCGUUGAUCCUUUGGAUGUUAUCUACGGACUACCCCUCGCGGAUCUUCAUAAGAAACUUUAUGAAGGUAAUUUAGAUGAGAAAGAAAUUACCAAGGCAAUCGCUGGGCAGAAGAAAGAUUUCCCUAGAGGGAUCCCGGAGUGCGGUACGGACGGCCUGCGUUUCGCUCUCUGCGCGUAUUCAGGAGGAGGACGGGAUAUCAAUCUCGACAUUCUCCGCGUGGAGGGAUAUCGAAAGUUCUGCAACAAGAUAUUCAACGCAACCAAGUUUGCUAUGCUCAAGCUGGACUCCACGUUCAUUCCGAAUGCUUUACCGACUCCCACUGGAAACGAGAGCCUCGUGGAAAAAUGGAUCCUUCAUAAACUCAACAUAGCUUCAGCCAACGUCAACAGUUCUCUUGAGCAAAGAAAUUUCAUGGCGGCUACGACGGCAGUUUAUAAUUUCUGGCUCUAUGAACUUUGUGAUGUGUUCAUCGAAGCUAUGAAGCCAAUGACUGAUCCCACAGUUACUUCGGAGACUCGCGUUUCGGCGCAGCAAACACUCUAUACAUGCCUUGAUUACGGACUCAGGCUUCUUCAUCCGUUUAUGCCUUUUGUCACUGAGGAGCUCUGGCAGCGCCUCCCUCGUAGAAUAAAUGACGGCCCAUCCAUAAUGGUCUCCAGAUACCCAACGCAGGAUGCAUCUUUCGUCUUUGAUGAUGCCGAGAGUCAAUUCGAACUUGUCUUUUCUGUGGUCCGUACUGGUCGUUCACUUGCGGCAUCAUACAAUUUGCAGUCGGACAUCCAAUUGUUUAUUCAUGCCAGUGAUAUUGCGGAAACGGCACUCCUCGAAUCUCAAGCACCGACUAUAGGUUCACUAAUUAAAGGGUGUACAAAGGUGGCGGUUAUAGGAGAUUUGUCACGGUUGCCACCUGGCUGUGGGUCAACUGCCCUGUCUCCAACAGUUGCUGUAUACCUAGCUGUUCAGGGCUUCAUUGAUCUCGAAGCUGAGGUCGCAAAGUUGGAAAAGAAGAUCCACGCUGUGAACCUCAACCUUGACAAGCUAUUAAAAGUCACGUCGCAACCUGACUACCGAGACAGCGUACCAACGACAGUGCAACAAGCCAACGAGGAUAAGCAAAAAGUGCUUGAGGCAGAGAUUGCGGCUUUGCAGCAAUCCAAGAGCAUGUUUCAGAAGUUGCAGUGAGCAUUUUUGCAUAAAAUAGGUUUCAAAUGUAUUAGUUACCUCCACAUCGAGUUUUAUUCUUGCUCCA